AGACCUUUCUGCACGUCAAGUGCUUCGUGAAUCCAAUACGACACGCCACUCUCUUUAUUUUUCCCAUUUCACUUUGCUCUUCCUACAACUCAGUUUGGCCUCCCUAUUCAACACAUUUCCAGCUUUGUAAUUUCAUUUGUUUUGGGUGCACCUUCUACAAAAACAGAAGUCAGUGGUGAAGAGUUAUCAGAAAUAGAUGAAACUGCAGUUAUAAAUUUAUAAUGUCUGGACUGAUUGAAGGACUUCCUGACGCUGUUGCAAUUAGGUGCCUUGCACGGGUUCCCUUCUAUCUCCACCCAAUAUUGGAGCUUGUCUCUCGUUCUUGGCAAGCAGCUAUUCGUAGCCCUGAACUAUUUAAAGCUCGGCAGGAGGUUGGUUCGAUUGAGGAUCUGUUAUGUGUCUGUGCUUUUGAUCCAGAGAACUUAUGGCAGCUGUAUGACCCUAUGCGAGAUCUCUGGAUUACACUUCCUGUUCUUCCCUCAAAGAUCAGGCACCUUUCCAACUUUGGUGCCGUUUCCACUUCUGGAAAGUUGUUUGUGAUUGGUGGGGGAAGUGAUGCUGUUGAUCCUUUGACUGGAGACCAAGAUGGUUGUUUUGCAACAGAUGAAGUCUGGUCUUAUGACCCUGUAGUCCGGCAAUGGGCCCCCCGUGCAUCAAUGCUUGUUCCCCGUUCUAUGUUUGCAUGCUGCGUUUUGAAUGGGAAAAUUGUUGUGGCUGGGGGCUUCACCAGCUGCAGAAAAUCUAUAUCUCAAGCAGAAAUGUAUGAUCCCGAGAAGGAUGUUUGGAUUCCAAUGCCUGAUCUUCAUCGCACUCAUAAUUCAGCCUGUUCAGGAGUAGUGAUUGGUGGAAAGGUACAUGUACUGCACAAGGAUAUGUCAACAGUGCAAGUAUUAGAUAAUGCAGGGCCUGGGUGGGCAGUUGAGGAAUGUGCGUGGCUCCAAGGUCCAAUGGCAGUUGUCCGUGAUGCACUUUAUGUGAUGAGCAAUGGAUUAAUUAUCAAGCAGGACAAAGAAGGGAGAAAGGUUGUCGGUUCAGCAUCCGAGUUUCGAAAGAGAAUUGGAUUUGCAAUGACUGGACUAGGUGAUGAGUUAUACGUGAUUGGAGGCUUCAUUGGCCCUGAUAGAUGGAAUUGGGACAUUAAGCCAUUAUCCGAAGUUGAUGUUCUCUCUCUUGGAAGUGAGAGACCAGCUUGGCGCCAGGCAGCUCCAAUGACUCGGUGUCGUGGUACUAUUGUUGGUUGUACGCUGCUGACAAUUUAGGCUUUCGUUUACUAGGUUCUAGUGUAAUAUGUGCUCGUGGGGAUUUGGAUCCCUUCAACUAGACAAAGAAUCAGUGUUCAAUGGCUUCCCUGUUUUGUAUGUAAGCCAUAAUAUUUGUUAUUGUUCUUGUUUUUACGUGGAUCACAUGUGGUAACGAGGUGAGUUUCUGUAUCUGUUUUGUUCGCAGCAAAACAGUAAAGGAUCACCAUUAACCAGACAACAAAUCAAUCUGUGCUAUUCCCACCUUGAAAUUUAUCACUUCGCGGGGAAAAUAUCAACUUCAUUUAGCUAUUCACCCGUUUAUUUUCUUUAGUGAAAAUAGGUGAGAGGGAUUGCGUAGCUAUUCACCCGCUUAUCUAUCCAACUUUAUAGUAGAACUGUCGAAUGUGAAUUGUUUUGCCAAGUAUGCCGCAUUUCACUUUUUUGUGGAUUUGUGACUUUCUCUUCAAAAGACGUCAUGACAAAUUAGGAUAGGAAGGUGGUUGUAAACUAACAUUCACUUUGAUUCCUUAUCAAUAUGGAAUUUUUGGUGAGAUUAAACAAUAGUCUUCCGACAGAAGAUAAGAACCAAAGGGUCUGAAAGUCUUGUGUGUGGCCUAUAGGACAUAUUUUAGUGCCAAUAUUUCAGUGAAGUCUGUUGUACUUUCAAUUCAUCUUUAGUAUGUCUUUCGUUGGAAAGAAACAUGAAUAUAAGUGUUAACCUUUUCCGUGGUUUAA